AUGGCGGCGAAAGAGAUGUACUUCGCCUUUGGAUCAAACAUGAACCCAGAAAGGAUGCAACAACGCAAAGCCUUCUUUACCGCCCGAGUAGGAGCGAAACUUCUUGAUCACAAGUUCAGCUUUUCGUUCAAAAGACCUGAUGGAACUGGUGCGGGAAAUAUUAGACCAGAAAAAAGCUCCGUUGUUUAUGGAGCGUUGUAUACCCUCGAAGAAGGUGGCUUAGACAAACUAGACGUGUUUGAAUGGGUAGAUAGAGGAUGUUAUCGUCGGCAGAACGUCACGGUGGAGACUUUGGACGGAGAAAGAGUUGAAGCGACGACCUAUGUUGUCACCGAAGAUUUUUAUAAAGAGGGAUUACUCCCUCGAAGAGAUUAUUUAAAUCAUUGUCUGGCAUGCAAAGAUGUUGUACCGACCGAAUAUUAUGCCUUUCUUGAAUCGUUCAAGGAAAUCUGUCACGAUUAGACAAGAGCGCAUAAGCAAGGGAGAAAUUCGUAGCUUCCUUUGUUUGUCCCAUGUUAUGAACACUGUUUCCAUUAAGCUUACAAAUAAUUUAAGAAGUACUAGUUACUCAUAGUUAUUUAUUUAUCUCCUUUUGAAUUGAUGUUGUGCUAAGAAUUCUUUAUAAAUGAACUCCAUAGUUGGAUUCCUCAUGACUUAAAUUUACACACACUAUUUUUCCAAGCAUGUUCAAAGUUUUAUACAGUAAUUUUAGCUUACUUUCCUUGCGUCUUACGUGUUAUUAUUAGUAAAGUUGUCGAAACACAGUGGACAACCAUGCUUUGUUCCUUAAGCCUGGCCUUUGGUAGUGAUGCAAGCUAAAGUUUUUGCACAAACACAAGGGUAGAAAUCCUUAUUCCUCCAUGAAACUGUAAACACGUAGGCGCAAUCAAAAUUUUUCUGCAUUUACAUCUGGGCUGCAUAUACUUGUGAUGGCUUGCAUUUGGUUGCAUUGACUUGCACCUGCACUUGCAAUCAGUUCAAAAUGCUUUCUUUGCAAUGUAAAAACUGCGAGGGCUCACCGUAAUGGCCUAUUGCAUUUAAUAUCAGUACCAAAAAAAAAAUUCUUCAUAUAAGCCGUAAAAAUUGAGGAUUUCUAUAGGUGGACUGAAAAAAAUAUGGAAUUCUUUGAAGGUUAAGCUUUUUUUCACCAAAUUCUUCAGGAGUAGAUCCAUAUUCUUUAGGGGGUAGAACCAUUUUUUAUGAUGUCAUAGAGGGUGAAUACAACUUUAUUUAAUCUUCAGGGGUAAGAAGAGAAGGUAAACCCUCAACCUGGGGGUUGGGAGUAAGAUGUUAACAACAAUUAUUCCUCGAGCCCGAAAGGGCUAUUGACUCAGAGGCCAUGAGGGUGAGAGGAAUAAUGGUUUUAGUAAAAUCCAACUAGUUGGUUAAAAAAUAUCAAGACAAAACAACUUUAGCUGGUUAAAACUAGACUUUAAUCCUUUUUUUGCCGGCGAAAAGCUGGCGCUUUUCACUACCAGUGGGCUAUAACAUAUAGCCUUUUAGUAGCUCAAUCAAUCAGAAUGCAGCAUUGAUAAUAGACCCAUAGUUGGAUUUUACUAAAAUGCAAUAGCCCAUUUUUAUGAAACUCCUGGUAAUUAUGGUGAAAAUUCAAAUGAAAUGUUUCAUUGCCAUGGAAAUUUUUCAGCAAAAAAGUGCUUUCCUUAGUACAUUUAAGCCUCCUGUAACCAAUGUGAAGACUUAGUGGUCACUUACAAGACAGUGGUGGUGGUUUACAAGGAAUGAACAACAGGCGUUCUCUUCCAGGAAGAGGUCUGGGCACAUUCUAUUUUACGGAAGAUGAUACAAUGCAUGCCAAUUCUAAACUGUAUAUGUGUAGUUCCAUGUUGUCGCUAAAAGUUCUUUUUAUGCUAUAAGUACAAUGGAACAUAUAGCGGACAUAGAGAUCAGACCACGUGUUCUCCAAUCACUUAUAAGAGUUUAAAAACAAUAGAGAAUCAUUCCCCCAAAAUGUGGUCACAGUCACUUGCAAGAGGUUCUGGUAUACAACUGCAAUCAUAGAUGGCAGGACAGGGGGGACCGUAGCCCCCCAAACAAAAAUUUGGGAGGAAGAGCCCCCCCACACACACACACACACACACACACGCAUUUUGGUGCCGAAAAACACCUACAGAUGAAUUUGACAUUGAUGAAUUUUACCUGUGUCAUCGACAACUUUAGAGCUUUUCUGCCCUAAGAUGACUCGAGAACUACCUAAGAAGCACCAUGAAGCAGGUCUGCCUGAACAAGCGUGGAACAACUGCCUACAGAUGCAUUGUCACAAAUCAAUUACAGACACACUGGACACUGCAUGUGAAGAUUGGAAAGAGGUUUGAUUGUGCCAACUAAAAUUGCCAAAGGUAUUUUGGAAAAUUUGAGGAGGGAUAAGGGCAUGGUGGAAGGUGAGCCCCCCAGCGUUUCAAAAGUGUCCCUUUCCCCUGUCUAGAGGUGUCCCUUCAAUAGAGGAAACAGACACUGGACAAAGAUUAUUUGAACAUUUUUCCAGGACUAAAUUUUGUGUCCCCUGAAUGGAGGUGUCCCUUAAAUAGAGGUGUCCCAAAGGAGAGGUUCCACUGUAAUGACAUGUAGUGCACAAGAAAAAUUCUGGGGAGCCCAAUGCUCUGAUCUUGUGAAAUCAAGGGAGCCCAGCAUAUCAUUUUUAUGUAAAAACUGAGGUUUUAUAGUCGACCACAAGCAAAAGUAAGGGGCAAGGGCCACCAAAUUAGCCUCCCAUGCAGGUGUUUUUAGGGAACUUGUAUUUCUUCCCUCCCCACAAACACCUGCUCAACAGAAAACAACAGCGCUUUCCCAAGCUUAGCCAAUCACAUUGUACUUUCCAAAUUCUGGAAAGUUGACCAUGACCGCAGGGUAACCCGCAGAUCCCACAGGUUGGGAUAGGUCACCGUGCUAUUGACAGCUAGCUAGCCAAUUACCAACGAAAUAGUUCUUCUAUGAAAACAACAUUUAGGUUAGAGAUUAAGGCCAGGAGAUGCUUCUAGUCCCAUUUAUUUUUACCUGUAUUCUGGCCUGUGGAAUGUGACCAGUAAACAGACCGUCUUACCUAGGGGGACGCUCCCUGUGAUGGCCCAUGUUAGAAGGCUCUGCCCAAAAGGGGUACCUACCUCAGUACCUCAUGCUACCUGGUAUUUCGAACUUCAAGUAUAAAAAAGAGUAGAGAUUUCUUGAGUUAAAUGUGCAUGAAAGGGUAAGGAAAUUUGUGAACUGUUUUUAAAGGGGCCUUUAACUUAAAUUUAUUGAACCGACGCACCUUAUGGCUUCAUCAAUUUAAUUUGCUUAAGGCAACAUAAAAUGACCAGAAGACUUACUGUAAAAGGCAUUUGAAAGGGGCAUUAUUUAUCAUGGCAGGUAUAUCAAAGGGGUACCUUUUCUGUCAAUAACGGUAUAUAACAGUAUAAGGAGUUGGACCUUGGGGUGGACACCCUCGGAAUAAAUGUUGGUAGGUAGCCCCUCCGUCCUCCCUUCGGCGUUCUUAGCGCUUUGUCCAGUACGUAAGUUUUUAUGGAACGUCCUGGGGAGAAUGUGAGAAAGGAAGUCACUGGGAAGUGGAUGCCUCCUCUCCUUUUCUCCUCUCGUGGGGUGGCUUGUUGUUCUUGGAGUUCCCCCCCCACCCCCCCUCUUACCCCCUCCGAAGAAAGAAACUGAUAGAGAACUAGUUCCCACCCUUCCUCUUGUCAUUCAGCCAUGAAGUAGAGAGACUCGAUCCACUAUCUCAUCGCGUGGAAGGCUUAAACGCUUGAGUGUUGAAAGGGUCGAAUUUUACGAAAAAAUCCCUGUAGAGUCAUGGAAGCCAAAGAGAUGUACUUCGCCUAUGGAUCAAACAUGGACCCGGAAACAAUGCGACAACGCAGAGUUUCCUUUGCUGCUCGAGUCGGAGCAAAACUUCUCGAUCACAAGUUUAGCUUUUCGUCGAGACGACCUGAUGGAAGUGGUGCGGGAAAUAUUAGACCGAAAAAAAGCUCUGUUGUUUAUGGAGCGUUGUAUACCCUCGAAGAAGGGGGCCUAGACAAACUAGAUGUGUUUCAAUACAAGCUCAGAUAAUUGUGAAAGGAAUACGCAGAAAUGAAACAGCAACAAUAAAGACUGUAAGAAAGAAACCGUUGAGACAUUGAUGUGACUGAGGAGAUAUUGUGGAGGGGAGCUUCGUGAAGCAGAAUGUUUUGCAACGACGCGUUAGCAAACUUUUAAAUGAAUCUCCUUACGGCAGACAAAAUCGAACAAACAGGCGCUACACGUUUUGAAAAACUAGUGACAUAAAUCAUAAUAUCAUUCUUGACUAAUCUUGGUGAUGAUUCAUAGCGUUGAGAUUGCAUUUUUAUUUAUGUCUUUCAAACGUUUGAGGCUAGAACGCGAGCAAAUCAGGCAGAUAUUACUGGCCUUGGAGCGAUUGACCUCUGACACGAGUUUCAAAUUAGAAAAUAUGUUUUUAAAGCGAGCGGAACGAGAUUUUCGGGUCGCGAGGCGGCCCAGCUAGCGAUAAAAUCGCGACGAGUCUUCGAACCGCGAGCCAAAUUUUUAUAUAACACGAACGACUUCUUCGAAAGUCUAAAAUAUUACUUGAGAAUAUAAACAACAAAUCUCUGUCGGCGGUGCGAUCCGGAAGGAAAUCUUGUCGAGUCAAUUUGACAGUUCUAUUGUCUUUUGAAGAAAAAACAGAUGACGCUCGCGCGUGCGCAUAAUCGGGACACUGUCCCUUUUUUUAAAAAGUCGUGGUUGCCGGCCUCGCAUGUUAACAAUUUGGAACCGGCUGCUAAAACGACCUGUCUAUUCAAAAACGUUUUUUCUGUUGCGAAAAAAUCUCAGCAAAAUUACAAGUAUGGCGGCGAAAGAGAUGUACUUCGCCUUUGGAUCAAACAUGAACCCAGAAAGGAUGCAACAACGCAAAGCCUUCUUUACCGCCCGAGUAGGAGCGAAACUUCUUGAUCACAAGUUCAGCUUUUCGUUCAAAAGACCUGAUGGAACUGGUGCGGGAAAUAUUAGACCAGAAAAAAGCUCCGUUGUUUAUGGAGCGUUGUAUACCCUCGAAGAAGGUGGCUUAGACAAACUAGACGUGUUUGAAUGGGUAGAUAGAGGAUGUUAUCGUCGGCAGAACGUCACGGUGGAGACUUUGGACGGAGAAAGAGUUGAAGCGACGACCUAUGUUGUCACCGAAGAUUUUUACAAAGAGGGAUUACUCCCUCGAAGAGAUUAUUUAAAUCAUUGUCUGGCAUGCAAAGAUGUUGUACCGACCGAAUAUUAUGCCUUUCUUGAAUCGUUCAAGGAAAUCUGUCACGAUUAG